AUGGCUGACAAGGGUCUUGAGGAUCUCGCCGAGGGGCAGAUCGAGUCUAACUACGAUGAGGUCACCGACUCCUUCGACUCCAUGGACCUGAAGCCCGAGCUGCUUCGCGGUGUCUACGCUUACGGUUUCGAGCGUCCCUCCGCUAUUCAGCAGCGUGCCAUCAUGCCCAUCAUCAAGGGCAACGAUGUUAUCGCCCAGGCUCAGUCCGGUACCGGUAAGACCGCUACCUUCUCCAUCUCCGCCCUGCAGAAGAUCGACCCCGAGGUCAAGGCCUGCCAGGCUCUGAUCCUUGCUCCCACCCGUGAGUUGGCUCAGCAGAUCCAGAAGGUCGUUGUCGCCAUCGGUGACUUCAUGUCCCUCGACUGCCACGCCUGUAUCGGUGGUACCAACGUCCGUGAGGAUAUGAACGCUCUCCGCGCCGGUCCCCAGGUCGUUGUCGGUACCCCCGGCCGUGUCCACGACAUGAUCCAGCGCCGUGUUCUGUCCACCACCGCCAUGAAGCUCUUCAUCCUCGACGAGGCCGAUGAGAUGCUGUCCCGUGGUUUCACCGAGCAGAUCUACGACAUCUUCCAGCUGCUUCCCCAGUCUACCCAGGUUACCCUGCUCUCCGCUACCAUGCCCCAGGAUGUCCUUGAGGUCACCACCAAGUUCAUGCGCGACCCCGUCCGUAUCCUUGUCAAGAAGCAGGAACUUACCCUUGAGGGUAUUAAGCAGUUCUACAUUGCUGUUGAGAAGGAGGAGUGGAAGCUCGACACCCUCUCCGAUCUUUACGAGACCGUCACCAUUACCCAAGCUGUCAUCUUCUGCAACACCCGCCGAAAGGUCGACUGGCUCACCGACAAGCUUACUGCCCGUGAUUUCACCGUCUCCGCUAUGCACGGCGACAUGGAGCAGGGCCAGCGUGAUGUUAUCAUGAAGGAGUUCCGUUCCGGUUCCUCCCGUGUCCUGAUCGCCACUGACCUUUUGGCCCGUGGUAUCGAUGUCCAGCAGGUUUCCCUGGUCAUCAACUACGAUCUCCCCGCCAACCGUGAGAACUACAUUCACCGUAUCGGUCGUGGUGGUCGUUUCGGUCGCAAGGGUGUUGCUAUUAACUUCGUCACCGCUGACGAUGUUCGCAUGCUCCGUGAGAUCGAGCAGUUCUACUCCACCCAGGUUGAGGAGAUGCCCAUGAACGUGGCUGACCUCAUCUAA